CUCUCUCAUCUUCUUUCAAACCCCUACCCUCUCUCUCUCUCUCUCAAUAAUUUUUGUAGGACUUUUAUUAUUCGAAGAAGAGAAGGGAUCCCCCUUUUGUUGUCUCUCCAGAAUUCACCGCCCCCCUCUCCUUCCUGUCUAUUCUUGUAUUUCAUUCCAUCUUUUGGGGUUUGGGUUUGGGUGUUUACUACACACAGAUCCCUUUUUCCCAUUUUCUGUUUCCCCACUUCUUUACUCUCCUCUGAGUCGCCGAGUCUCUCUAUCCGCAAACCCAGCGUAAUAGUUGAAGAAGAACAAAUCAAUCAACAAACAAAAUUCCUCCCAGCUGACGCUCAGGAACUCGCAAUCUCUUUGCUCCCUCUCAUCUGUACUGUUCAUCUCUCCUUUUUGCUUUCUACGUCUUUAUUUUCUUGAUUUUCUUAAUGUUUAUUCCUCCUCUCGAUUGUGCUUCAAUUUAGAUAUUAAUUGGUUUAGUUGUAUUCUCUUUCUUUUGUACUACAUGUCUAAUCGUGUCGUUUUGUCAAUUUCUUUCCCUUGGAAUUGGUUUAUAUUCGCUUCUGUGUUUCCAAAGAUGCUUUCUUUGUUGUUGCUGGGUCUUCCUUCACUCUAUUCCUAAAGUUUGGUUUUUUACUGUUUGACUUGUUAGUUCUCUGAGAAACCGAAAAAAUUAUCACGCUGCGCUGCCUGAAUUUUCUCAUUUCUAAACCUUCCGUUCUUGCCUGUUGCCUGAAUUUUCUCCCAGCUGGAUAUUGGGUUUUGUUUCUCUGUUUCCAAGAACGGAUUUUUUUGCCUGUGGAUUGCCAUUGAGUGACGCUGAUUUUGGCUCAUUGCAGGAUCCCCUAUAUCUGCUGCAUCUUCGACCAAGUGGGGGGCAUAUUCGAGGGCAUUUAUAGUUCCACCUCCAGCGAUAUCAGGGCAGUUCUGCACCAAUUUCUGAUUUUGCCACACUAUGGUAAAUGUCUCAUAACUUUUUGCUUCUUCCGUGUUGGGGAUGGAUUCCACUGUCUCUUUAGUGUAGGCCUUUUAAGUUUCCACAUUUUUUGUUAUGUGUCUCAGAUUAGUUGAAGUAUAUUUGAUCUUUGUUUCACGCUUAAUUAGAUUUUAUAUUCUUCUUUUUUCCUUGUUUUAACGUCGUGCUUAAGGUAUACUGAUCUCCUUGAUAGGCAGAAGAUUUAUAGAUAGUCCCUUCCAAAGAUUGUUCUUGUUAUCCAAUAUCCAACAGUGUAAUGUGAAGUGAUAAAACUUAUUCUGUUUCUAUCCAUGAUAGGCAACAAAUGAAAAUCUACCUCCAAAUGUGAUAAAACAACUUGCUAAGGAAUUGAAGAACCUGGACGAAACACCUCCGGAGGGGAUUAAAGUUGGUAUUGAUGAUGAUAAUUUUUCUACAAUUUACGCCGAUAUUGAUGGGCCAGCUGGGACUCCAUAUGAAAAUGGUAUAUUCCGAAUGAAGUUGAUAUUAUCCCAUGACUUCCCUCAUUCUCCUCCAAAAGGUUACUUUCUUACUAAGAUUUUUCAUCCAAACAUUGCAACAAAUGGUGAGAUCUGUGUGAAUGCGCUGAAAAGAGAUUGGAAUCCUAGCCUUGGCUUGCGACAUGUUUUGAUGGUUAUAAGAUGUUUGUUGAUUGAACCAUUUCCAGAAUCAGCCUUGAAUGAGCAGGCUGGCAAGAUGUUACUCGAAAAUUAUGAGGAAUAUGCCCGUCAUGCAAGAAUUUUCACGGGGAUUCAUGCACUCAAACCAAGGCCAAAGAGUAAAACAGGAGCCAUAUCUGAGUCUACAACUGCCUUAAAUGUUGACCAGUUGGUUAAUGUCAAGAAUAAGGCAUCUGGCGCUGCUCUCCCGCUGCCCCCACAUGCGUCAUCCGUAGUCGCUUCCUCAAAUGCUGCCUCAGGCACUAAGCAUGACUUGUUGGUUGAUGUCGAUGUGAGUUGCAAUGCUGCAUCAGCAGCUAUUCCUUUGGUACAGAAGAAGGAAAUAUUGGUUACCAAGGUUCCUGCUGCUGCUGACAAGAAGAAGAUGGAUGCAAGGAAAAAAAGCUUAAAGAGAUUGUAAAGGUUUAAAGAAUGUAUAAAUAAUAGCAUCCUGCCCGAUAUUUCGCUCUGCUCGCAUAAGCUAUGAAUUUGAUUGAAGCUCAUUGUGUAAGGCCUUGGAAUACAGGGAUUUGUAAUUUUUCAAGGAUAUCAUUCAUUUUGUAAUGUGUUCUCGUUGAGGUUUUUAUUGCUUUUUUUUUUUUUUUUGUUGGAUGGUCUUCAGUUUUGUGGGUGUACAUAAAAGAUUUCUUCAGUUGGGGAGUAACUAGGAUUUAGAUGAUUUUCCUUUCAUAUUUAUUGUAAUGGAAAGUUUCUUAAUUCAAAGGGUUAAAAAUGAAAGAAUCAAGGAAGAUUAAUAGAGAUCCGAGGCUCCAAUGUUCAGUUAUCGAUCAAAUGGAAAAACAAGUGUGUAUUGCGAUGAAACGAAAAACGAUCUGUUUCAGAGAUUAUCAGAACUGCACAAGACAAAUCAUAAAGAAGGGAAAGAUAUUCGUUCAUCUCAAGGAGGAAGAACAUCAAAGAAAAUAAAACUAAAAAAAAGGGGGGGGAGGGGGAAUAAUGUAGGAGGCAUCAUAUUUCAAUUCAAGGAGGCGGGUGUUUGUUUUAAAAUAAGAACAUUAAAAACAAGAACUAGAACAAUAAUGAUCUCGAACACACACAAACAGAGUCACACACUACUUGGCCAUCAUAACUUUAACAAACUCCUCAUAGUUAAUUUGACCAUCACCAUCUACAUCAGCCUCCUUGAUCAUCUCAUCAACUUCCUCGUCGGUGAGCUUCUCCCCUAAGUUGGUCAUCACAUGGCGCAACUCAGCUGCAGAAAUGAAACCAUUCUGGUCUUUAUCAAACACCCUGAAUGCUUCUUUCAGCUCCUCCUCCGAAUCCGUAUCCUUCAUCUUCCUUGCCAUCAGAUUUAAGAAUUCCGGGAAAUCAAUGGUUCCGUUACCAUCAGCAUCCACUUCAUUUAUCAUAUCCUGCAGCUCUGCCUCAGUUGGGUUCUGCCCCAGUGACCUCAUCACAGUCCCAAGCUCCUUUGUGGUGAUACAACCUUUGGUUGGGUUUAAAAAACAAACAAAAUAUAUUAGAAUUGAAUAUCCAAACCCAAAGCAUGCAUGCAUCCAAUCGAAAGCAAGUUAUUUCAUCAAUUGCCAAGUGAAUGAAUCUGCAACAAUUUCCAAUUUUUCCAGCUUCUAACAGGACAAUGGUGUUAAAUCUUGCAAAACUUAUUCACAGAUUGGUCCAUACAAUCCAAUAAUACGUUUACAAAGGUUUAAUAGCGGAUAACAGGAAUCUGAGCUCUUAUUGUUUUUUCAACUAAAAACAUAAAGCUUGGGGCUGAAUUAUGUGCAAGAAACAUAAAGAUAAAGACCUUCGUUUUUGUUCUCUCUUGAUACUCGGUAUGAUUUCAAGAGCCUCAACCGGUCAACACAACAAAAGUAUGAUUAAAAAUUCAAUGAUGCAGGAAACAUGGAGUAAUAAUAAUUCUUGCAAAGAAAAUAAAACAAUGAUGGAUCACAAAACAUUAUAAACGACAUAUAUGUUAAUUAUAUAUAUAAAAAAAAAAGACAAAAUCAGAUCUGAAGGGAGAAGAGGGAGAAAGAAGAAAACCAUCUCCAUCCUUGUCGAAAAGGCUGAACGCCUCCUUAAACUCAGAGAUCUGAUCGUCUGUGAGUUGAUCAGCCAUAUGAAAAUUUCCACCUGCGUAUGUCCAAACAAGGGCAAGGAAAAACUAGGAGGAGGAGGAGAGGAAGAAGAAGAAGAAGAAGAAGAAGAAUAUAGAGAGAGAUAAAUUGGUACGAUUGGAAUUUAUUAUUUAUUAUUAAAAAUAAAUACUCCUAUAAUAACCACGACAUGAGAAGAGAGAGAUGGAUUUCUUUGUUUGGGUAAAGUGAGAGCUCCGCCUUUAAUCUUAUCCCAGUAAGUGGAAGCCCGGAUUUAUUGUAGGCCGCGUUUUCCGCUUUGCCUUCUGUUUUUACUUUUUUUUUUUCCUUUAUUAAUUUUUCUUUCCCCCAUUUCCCUCUUCCUCUCUGCUUCUUCUUAUCUUUCAAACUAGAUUAUAAUGUAUGUUUUCUUUUCCAGCCAAAGGAGCAAAUUUAUGUAUA